CUCUCUCACAACUCUCACACGCAUUUCCUCCCCCUCUCUCUCUCUCAAGCUCGUCAACUCGUCCGAUCCCCGACUCAGUGACUCAGUCCGCUAUCGCAACUCGGUCUCCCAAGCUGAACUCCAGGCCGUAUCUUCUACGCUCAACCAAAACGCCGUUCUUCGACUGCUCCGAGGGUUUUCUCAUAUCGCUCUGCCUGCGAAAUCAGGCCUUUCACUUCUUCACGGCCUCUACUCUCUUUCUCUUCGAAGCUUCCAUUCUCAAGCUCUUAGACACCCAAAGGGCUCUGGCGAAUUUGGAAAAUUUAGCGAGAAUGAAGCCAUUUUCUGUGAAUUUGAAGCUCUGGGGAGUCUGGAAAUGGUUUAUGGGUAGCUGAGGUGUGAUUAGGGCUUUUGUGUUUGCUUCGGAUUCGGUGGUUUUUUAAAACUCGAGCUGCUCAGGGUUGGGGUACAAGUGGAAAUUUUGGGUUUUUGGAGGAGAAUUUGGAUGAAUGGGUGUUUUCUAUAGUCUAGGGUUUGUCUGUUAAGUUAUGUCGAUUUGUUGAAUUGCAAGGGAUUUUGCUUGCUUUUUGUGUUCUGGCUAGUGAAUAACGUGGUGAAGAAGCCAGACUGGAAUUUGGGUUUUUGAUUUUGGGCCCAAGUGUGAAUUUGUGGGUUUUGAAGUAGAAUUUUGGGGAAUUUGAUUGCAUGAAAUAUAGGGCUUCAGUGGGCAAGUGAGGGGGAGAUUUACGUAGGAAAUGUUUUAUUCUCAGUUUAUAUUGGCCAAGAAAGGCCCACUCGGGACGAUAUGGAUAGCGGCUCAUUUGGAGAGGAAGCUACGGAAGAAUCAGGUCGCCGAUACCGAUAUUGGCGUCUCCGUAGAUUCGAUUCUUUUUCCUGAAGUACCAAUUGCACUCCGAUUGUCCAGCCAUCUGCUGCUUGGUGUGGUGAGGAUAUAUUCUAGAAAGGUAAAUUACCUUUUUGAUGAUUGCAGUGAGGCUUUGCUUAAGAUAAAGCAAGCUUUUCGCUCCACUGCUGUUGACUUACCACCUGAAGAGUCUACUGCACCAUACCAUUCCAUCACCUUGCCAGAGACUUUUGAUCUUGACGACUUUGAGCUGCCAGAUAAUGAAAAUUUUCAGGGUAAUUAUGUUGAUCAUCACGUCAGUACAAAGGAGCAGAUUACACUCCAAGAUACCAUGGCGGGUGUGGUUUACUCAACAUCACAGUUUGGAUUGGACGAGCGGUUUGGUGAUGGUGACACUUCUCAGAUUGGUUUGGACCUUGAUGAGGAACUGCUCUUAAGCAAGGUUGUAGCUCCGGGGCAUGAUGGAGUUUCAGAUAUUGAUCCUCAGGCGUCUGUCCAAUCAGAUACACUUCUGACAAAGGAUGGAAGUUAUGAAGGGAUAACUGAAGCUUCAGAAGCCAUACAAAUGAAUGGCAAUGGAAAUCAGGUUUAUGGCCUAGCCACAGAUACCAAAUUUGUUGAGUAUGCUCAGGCCCCAUCUACUCCUGGAUUACUGGGAGAGCCAGAUUUGGCCAGUGUUCAGGAGGCUAUGGCCUGUGAUGAUCAUAUGGAAUUAGAUCAUAAUUUAACAGAAUUAGUUGCAGGGGAAAAUGCUUGCAGAAAGUCAGAUCUUCAUCCUGGGAAUAAAAGUACAGUGAAUUUUUCUUUGGGAAAUGAUUUGAAUCAUAAUUCUGUUGAGGAGAAUGGCUGCACUCAGGGUAACCUGGACAUCAAACAGGUGAAGCCACAGGGACAUCUGCCACCUUCUGCAGAUUCCACUGAGCAAACUAAACGCAUUCGCCUGGUAUCUGAAUGUUCAGAUGGUAUCAUUGGUGUAUUGGAUGGUCCAGAUAGGGCUGAAGAUAUACAUAAUGGAGUUGUAAUAGACAAUGAACCUAGUACACCCUUUGUACAUCCUGAUGUAGAAUGUGUAGAAUCUGCAGGAGUUAGGUUGGAUGAAACCGUUGCAUCUCCUAGUUGCUCUCAUGUCACUUCUGAUUUUGAGGAUCCUGUUCGUAAGAAUUUUUCAAGUGGUACCAGUGCACUAGAAUCAAAGGGCUAUGUGGAGGAUGAUCAAGCAUCUCCAAAGCCUGAAAUUCUCAAUGAUGUUGAUAUUACUAAUGUUGUGGGAAGAUCAUGCUCCCCUAGCAAAGCAUCGGUUUCAAAUUCUGUGUGUCCAUCAGAAUCACCUGAGCGACCUGAGGUUGUAAAUGUUGAAUCUCUGGUUUGUCAGGAACCAAAGGAGAGUGAGACUCAUGAAGUUAUGCCAUCAAAUCAAUUGCACGUCCUUCGGGCGUGCAACUCCCAUCUAAACCAACCUGACAUGUCAUCUCUUAGAGGUGAAGAAUGCCUUGCAGCUGAUUUGAUGGAUAAUAUUGUCUCACCAAAAAAUCAAAUAUUAGAACCUGCUCCAUGCGGAGAAAUUCAGGCAGAUUUCAGGAUGUUAGAUGAGCAACUGCACUAUGCGGUCCCUAAUGAUAGUCAAUUGAAUAAUUUAAAUAGUUCAGGGACUUCUGACUUUCCUGCACCUGAAAAGAUGCUCUCUGUACCGGAGGGGUUUACUGGUAAACCAAAUGAUUUGCUAGUGGAGUCUACACCUGACAGAGAAGACCUACCUGGGGGUGAUGGAGCUAGUGCUGGGAUCAAACUCACAGGGAAAAAGCGUAGUUUCACAGAAAGUACUCUAACAGUGCAGAGUUUAAACUCGGCUGAAUCUUUUGGCAUGACGCUAUCCAAGAGAACGGCAGAGUCAAUUCCUGAUGAUGAUGAUUUAUUGUCUUCCAUCUUAGUAGGAAGAAGAUCUUCCGUUUUGAAAAUGAAGCCUACUCCACCUGCACCUGAAGUAUCCACAAAACGUCCCCGGACUGCAACCCGGUCAAGUGUCUUGAAGAGGAAAGUGCUUGUGGAUGAUUCAAUGGUCUUACAUGGCGAUACAAUCCGUCAACAGUUGACAAAUACUGAAGAUAUACGUCGCGUUAGAAAGAAAGCUCCUUGCACUCGCCCUGAGAUCUCAACUAUUCUGAGACAAUUCUUUGAAGAAGAAAUAUUUAAUGAACCAAUUUUUACUGGUAUGACAGCCAAAUUGAUAUUUUUGCAUAGUGAGACAUUUGAUCUGAGUGGAACCAGAGUUUCUGAAAAUGAUCAAGGCAAUGUUUCUUCACAAGUAGCGAAGGAUAUGGAAUCUUCUGUUUGGCCAAAUGUUGCUCAAGAAAGUGAAAUGAAUCAGAAUAUUGAACCUGUAGUAGCCAGAAGUGAUGUAGAAGCACAACCUGGUGACAUUUCCAUUGGUAAUCAGAGACAGGUCGAAAAUUUUAACUUUGGAUUUGAUGUUAUUGAUUCUCAAGGCCAGAUAAAGGGAAUUUCUGAUGUAGAGGAUCUUAAAGCUUCCCAACAGGAACCCUUGGUGAUCUCUGAAAUGGAAAUUGAGAGAGGGGAUGUGGAAGUUGCUGAUGCAGUAAAUUGCUCUGUUGUUAAUGGGCUUGAAUCAUCUCCAACUGAUCCUGUUUCUGAAGAUAUUUGCAACAUGACCGCUGAAUUAGCGGUUCGGCCAGUUCUCAUGGAUGAAAACAACGAUGCAUCUGUUUCUCGGCAGAUGGAAGUAUCAUGCAUGUCACCUGAUGAAAAAUUGGAUGCUCAAACUGUUGAGAGGGAUGCGUCUGCAGUGGAUAUAAGCUAUGGGAAAUCAGUUGAUGCUAUUGAAAUUGUAGAACAUGAUGCUGGAAUCAGAAUACAUGUUCAAUCGGACUGUCUUAGUCCUGCUGAUGGUGUAAAUGCUUCACUAGCAACCGAAUGCAAUAACCUAGCUUUUGAGAAUGGUAACCAACCUUUGGAGGAAACCGGAAAUGAUAAGCUAGAGAUUGUGAAGGAGCUACCUGCAGACCUGGUUUGUGAUGAACAAGACCCUAACUUUAGCUUUCUGUGUAGUGGAGAAACUAAAGUAGAUUCUACACAUUCAGUGGAACAUGAUUUGGAUGUGAAUAAUGCUUCCCUGAAUGGUAAAGAAAACAGAGACUGUCAGGAAGCUGAUCUACAGAGUAUCAUGGAUGGAGAAAUUCCUGUUCUUGAUCAUUCAGGUGUUGAAGAUCGUAAAGAUUUUGAGGAUAUCACAGUUGAGAAUGACACAGAAUUUUUAAAUGUAGAUGAUGAUGAGGUAGCCGAAGAAGACGAUGAUAAUAUGCCAUAUACUGAAGAAACUCGUCUUCUGGAGAACACUGGAUGGUCUUCUCGGACCAGGGCUGUUUCCAAGUAUCUCCAGACUUUAUUUGAGAAGGAAGCUGUACAUGGAAGAAAGGUCCUCGCCAUGGACAAUCUAUUAGCUGGUAAAACUCGUAAGGAAGCAUCGAGGAUGUUCUUUGAGACAUUGGUUCUUAAGACAAGGGAUUACAUACAUGUAGAACAGGCAAAGCCGUUUGACAACGUAAAUAUAAAACCUCGAGUAAAGCUCAUGAAGUCAGACUUCUGAUAACGUAGGAAAGGCAGAUACAGUUGAAAAGACUACUCAUAUAGUUUAGUUUGGCUGAUGCGCGGCAAGGAUGGGGGAUUUAUUCUCUUCUCUUCUCUUAGAUUUUUUUUCCUAAUUGUCUUUUAUCUAUAAUUUUUUUUUGGGUUAGGAGUUGUCUUCUUUUAUUUAGUCCUUGUAACUUUGUAGUUUUAACAGUGGGUUCGAGUGGCACGUGUCUCAUAAUGUUGAUUCUAGCAAUAGUGGUUUAUAUGUAUAUAUCUGUAAAAUAUUACAUUUGCAAUGAAGAUGCUAAUUUAUUUA